CAAACGUCAGCUCGAUACAACGCAAAUCAAAUCACAACACAAACACGUGCGCGUUUAUUUGUACCAUUUCGCUGGCUGCAUGUAGCAAUUCAAAGAUAAAAACCGAACAAUAUGGUUUCAGCCGCAUCGGACGCAGCGUGCCAGCUGCACAAUGUGCAGUUCUACAAUUUAUUGCCACGUGCAAUUGUGUGCUCAUCGUUCGGUCAGGAAACAAAGAAGCUGGCACUUGCAAGGGAUGAUGGCACGAUCGAAAUUUGGAACAUGGCAAAUGCCCCAUUCCUGGAAAAGACCAUCCCCGGUGGCGAAGGAAUAUCGAUCGAGGGGCUCGCCUGGGCCGGUAAACGUCUGUUCUCCGUGAGUCUCGCCGGAACACUAAUCGAGUGGGACCUUGGCAAGGUACCGUACGCAAAACAGUCGAUCCUGGUGACGGGUAAUGCGGCCUGGUGUAUCGACGUGAGCAAAGACGAGCGCCUACUGGCCGUUGGUACCGAAGGUGGCUACAUCAAUGUGUACCGGUUGGACAACGAUGAGAUAACGUACGAGCGCAUUCUAGACAAGCAGCAAGGUCGGAUUGUUUGCUGCAGUUUCGACCACAGUGGAGAUUUUCUGGUGACCGGUUCGGCUGAUGCCGUGCGCAUUUGGGACGUACGGAACGGGCAUGCCGUGCAUAAGAUGGCGAUUGGUCGCGCAAGCAGCAAGCAGGAGACAACCGUGUGGGCGGUGUUGGUGCUGAAAGAUUUCAUCAUCGUGUCGGCCGAUUCGCGUGGCAAGCUGGUCGUGUACGACGGGCAGUUGGGUACCGUGCUAGAACAGCACGUUGUGUCGACGGCUGAUCUGCUUUGCCUGGCCCACCAGGAGGAUUACAAUCAGAUCUUCGUGGGUGGCGUCGAAUCCACUAUCCGUGUUUACGAACGUAUGGACAAAAAAGGCUACAAAGGGGAUAAAAUAUUGGUGCGAGCAUACCAACGGCGAGGCCACACACACGACAUCAAAACGAUGUCCAUCUACGGACGGAAUCUGUUUUCGGGUGGACUCGAUGGAUCGCUUCUUGUUACGUCUUCGCCUCCGUUCAAGUUAGAUACCUACUUCCCGUUGCUCCCGUCCCCGGCUUCCGUGGUGGCAACCGAGUGUCGGUUGAUGCUGUUGAAGUACGUCGACUAUUUGGAGGUUUGGACGCUGGCACCGCCCAACAAGCCUUCGCAGGGCGGAGACAAAGUGUUGCAGAUUCGUAGCAAAAAAGACGAACACAUCCUGUGUGCGGCGAUCUCUCCCAACGGACGGUGGAUCUUUUACUCGACGGAGCACACGGUUCGACUGUUCCGGUUCGAUUACAACAGCCAAGAACCAACCAACUCGCAGCUACUGCGCGUACGAAAUACACCGGAACAUUUAGCGGUUUGCUACCGAGUUGACUUUACGCACGACUCCAAGGGAUUGUUGCUGUAUGAUCGUACCGGUGACGCUGGUACGAUCCAAUACUUUAGCUGUACUGCGGAUGAAAAUGAGGAAUGGGACCACAAACAGUCGAUAGACGCUGGACGAUGGCUGUCGGAAACGGUGCAUCUGUCGACCGUUUCGAACUGUAACUCGUAUCUGGUCUGUGCGGAUUUAAGCAGCUCGAUCGUUGUGUUCGAACGGACGGCGAAAAGCGCCAAGUGGAAACGUUCGAUUUCGCUGCCCCGGUACCAGGUACCACCGACGGCCAUCGCCAUCCAGCCGGGUAAGACACGACUCGCCGUAGCGUUUCCCGACCACAAACUGUUCGUGUACGAUUUCGACGAGCUAAAGUUUGUGUUUUCGACCUACAUUAAACCUCCCGCCAGCGCCUAUCCGGUCAGUGCGAUUGUAUUCGAUCCACGGCACGAAUCGGCGAUGGUGCUGCAGAAUGGUUCGAAUAUUGUGUCGCUCCGAUUUGGUCCCGAUAUAGAGAACGAACUACAGCAACAGGAAGCGCACAAUCAUCAGUCCAAGAAACAGCGCCCAAUGUCAAACGGUUCAUCCCAUGCAGAUGGUGAGGAAAGUUUAAGGAUGUACAAACUGCGGCUAGUGCGUGACGCAUCCCGGCUGGUGUCGAUUGAGUGGCUCGGCAAGAAUGAACUAGUGGCAACCGAAGCGAAUGCACUGUCGAUGGUUGAACACUUACCGGCAGCGUUCCGGAUGAAAAAAUACGGAAAGACGUAAAUAUCAUUAUUGUAAUGUACUAAAAAUUAAAACCAUAUUCUAGCAAUUUCGAACGAAUCGGAAAAUAAAACAAAGCAUGGGAAGGUAUGCAUUUGUACCUGAUGCACAAC